UGUGUAUGGAGCUCAGUGGCUCGCCGCCUGCCGACGCAAGCAGACGUCACGCUCGCCGCCGCGCCGCCCCUCGCGAGCUCGAACACGAUCCCGACCACGAUCAUCCACACAAUACCUUCCAGAUAGUCAUUUGUGUAUUACUUUCAUCUAAUUUCAACAAUUUAUGUUUCAUUUUGUGUUCAAAUGUGAGUUUUCGUUUCUUUUCCUGACAUUCCCAAAAUUUUCAUCAUUUGGUAGAUUUCGUGAAAAGCAUCAUCCGGAUGCGUCUAUUGUGAUUAAAAUGUAUCGUUCCAUUCAUGCAAGUCGAGCUUGACACGACAUUCACAGCGGUCAGACAGGAACGAUGCUGACAUUCCGCGAAGUAGAGUCAUGAGGAUCAUCGGUAUGAUUCUGAAAAUGGGGGGAAAGUCGCCGCCGGGCGCUAAGGUGGCCCCGGAGAAUACAAAGAAGGAAGAGAAGAAAGAGGCAAAGAACACAGAGAAAGAGAAGUGGGAGAGAUGCGAGGAUAGAUGCCCGGGGGAUCCCUGGGUGUACUGUGCAGUGUUGUGGUGUGCAUGUGCCAUGAGCCUGGUGUCGAGCGGGUACAGCGUAUACAAGCAGCAGGGGUUGUCGGAACGGCUGGCGCUGCUGGAGGAGCAGCAUCGCGCACUGCGCAGCGCUGUGCUGGAGCCGCAGCAGCCGCUCGUGGAGCGCCUCCGCCGCGAGGUGCUGGCCAGACCACCCGCGCCGCACUGGCGCGCCGCACGCAGCAUCCGCGACUACGGUGACUGCGGUUGUCCACCAGGUCCGCCAGGGCCGCCGGGCAAGCGCGGCAAGAAGGGGAAGAAGGGGGAGACAGGCGAGCCGGGGCCUCCGGGCUUGACGGGAGCGCCGGGCAAAAAUGGAUUUCCGGGGAGCAAGGGCGAGAAGGGCGAGCGCGGGUUUAUGGGGCCGAUCGGACUGGAUGGACCUAAGGGAGAUCCGGGGCGGCCGGGGGACAAGGGGCAGAAGGGCGAGCACGGCAGUCCUGGCUUUGACGUCUUCUCCGCAGUCAAGGGCGUGAAAAGAUCAGUGGACAACUUCAAAGUCAGUCCAUACACCACCGCCGAGAUCAUAGCAGUGAAGGGCCUGCAGGCCGCCGGACACAACAUCUCCGCGCAGACCAUCAUACAGCUCAAGGGCGAGCCAGGAGAGCCAGGACCGCCGGGCCCGCCGGGCCCCGCCGGCGGGGAGGGCUUGCCAGGACAUGACGGACGCGCGGGGCCGCCCGGCCCACCCGGGGCCCCCGGCGAACCGGGGCCACCCGGACCCGCCGGCCCGCAGGGGCCUCCCGGGGCCAUGGGACCGCAUGGACAUAAAGGCGACCGAGGCGACAAGGGCGAGCGCGGGUUCACGACGACGCUGAAGGGUGACGCCUUCCCCACCGGCAUCAUCGAGGGCCCGCCCGGCCCGCCCGGACCGCCCGGCAAGACAGGCGAGCUGGGUCCGCGUGGGCCGGCCGGCCUCGACGGCCUCAACGGCUCCCCCGGCGUCCAGGGCCCGCCAGGACGACCAGGCGAGAUGGGUCCGAAGGGCGAGAAGGGCGACUACGGCGACAUGGGCUCGCCCGGCAUGCUGGGCGCGCCCGGCCUGCCCGGCCCGCCCGGGUACCCCGGCCUCAAGGGGGACAAGGGCGACAAGGGAGACUCGAAGUAUAGGAAGCUGAGGAGACGACAAAACUUGCAGGGCGACGGCACCGGCUACGAGCUGUACGGACAUGAAAUAGUGAUGGGUCCCCCGGGUGCGCCAGGGCCAGCGGGCCCCCCCGGCGUGGCCGGCCCACCCGGCAUCAAGGGCGACAAAGGCGAGCCCGGCACGCGCGGCAAACCGGGCGAACGAGGCGAGAAAGGAGACGCAGGGCCGAUGGGACUGCCGGGCCCCGCCGGCGCGCCGGGAGACUCCGGGCCCCGGGGGCCGCCCGGACUCGACGGCAUGAAGGGCGCGCAGGGCGAGCCGGGGGCGAAGGGCGAGCGCGGCGACCCCGGACUGCCGGGAACUGACGGAAUUCCUGGACAAGAGGGUCCAAAAGGCGAUAAGGGAUAUAAAGGAGAACCAGGGCCGGCCGGCAAGCGGGGCCGCAAGGGGGACAAGGGGGACAAAGGGGAGCAGGGCGUGCCCGGGCUCGACGCGCCGUGCCCGCUGGGGCCCGACGGCCUGCCGCUGCCCGGCUGCGGAUGGAGACCCAACAAGGAGGCGAUGUUCGAGUGGGUGCGCCGGCGGCUCGACAUGGAUAACGACGUGCGGGACUGACCUGGAUUGCGCCCGCUCGGACAAUCAAUACUCACGACUAUAAAUCUCAACUUCCGGAACAUGUUGCGACUUCCUUUUUUAAAAAAACAAUACAAAAUAUAACGGAUGAUAUCUGUCACGUCUGUUAGACAAACAAUUCCUUCUAAAUAUUGUUGUAUGUUGUAUUUCUGUAAAAUGUUGUAUUUGAAAAUUUCAUGCUUCUGGACGAAUCGGUAUGUUGUGAAUACAUACUUGUUAGUAUUCUAAUGUGACAUGAGAGCUUUUGUGUAUGAUAAAAAAUGCCUUAUAGGUACCUACAUAGUGCACAUGUAGUAACGCACGAAGGGUGUUUAGUGACAUUGAUGGUGAUUAAAGUGUGCACACGCUUGUACAAUACAUAGCACCUGAUAAAUAAUAAAAGACAAGUUCGUCAGUGUACAGUUGUGGCCUAGAUCAUACUAACAGUUAGGGAGCUGUACAUUAGGUGUAGGUAUUAUAAUUUAGAUUAGAUUGUUUCAUACUUGUUGUUCAGAAUUACAAUAAAUAAUAGCUUUACUUUAGGUACUAAUUUUGUAUUUCUUUUGUAAAUUUUUGUUUUCCUGAAGUAGUAAAGUGUAUGAAAGUGUUAGUAUAUUUUUAUGGCGAGUGUGUAGGGGUGUGUUGUUUAAAUUAUGCAUAAACUGAAUACACCAUUCCGUUCUGGGAAUAAUACCUAACUGUGUCGAUGAAGAACGUAUAUUGUAUAUAUGUAUAGAUAUUAUAAAGACCAUGAUAAGUAACUAUUUAUUAACUUACGAACAAGUUAGAGAUAAAAGAGGUGAACCUGUUAGCGGGUCGCAUCUGUUACAAGUUUAUUUUGUAUAAUUGAGCGUCGCGUGACGUCAGAGGGAAGGCCUAACAGGAGUGGUGUCGCGAGGCGCACCGGCGGCCGUUCUAGUAUUCUAGUAUCUAUAUUAUAAUCUUUCGAUAUAGUAUCUAUAUCGAAAGAGGAUUCAGCGGGUACUUUUUCAUAGACAAAAUUCCAUCGACGAGUGCAUGUUAAUAAGACAAGUUGGUUUAGAAAAUUACAUUAUGACCAGGUACCUUAGUAAACGAAAAAUGUAAUAUUAUUCCUGUGUACGUACGGAGGGACGCUCGCGCUUCUGACGUCACGUCGGCUAUGCGAUCUUAUCUGAAUAAGUACAUUAUCUGUAAUGGCGACCUGAUGAGUCAUCAUUUGUGUGUGCUGUAUAUAUUUUUGUAGAUAUUACUGAGAGGUAUGUAAUAAUACUUUUAUGGUUUAUGUAAAAAAGAAAUUGAAAUACAAUUAUAAUCCAUUGUUUUA